AUGACAGACUUCAUCUUUAACUUCUGCUUCAUGAUGACAGACUUCAUCUUUAACUUCUGCUUCAUGACGACAGACUUCAUCUUUAACUUCUGCUUCAUGACGACAGACUUCAUCUUUAACUUCUGCUUCAUGACGACAGACUUCAUCUUUAACUUCUGCUUCAUGACGACAGACUUCAUCUUUAACUUCUGCUUCAUGACGACAGACUUCAUCUUUAACUUCCGAUUCAUGACGACAGACUUCAUCUUUAACUUCUGCUUCAUGACGACAGACUUCAUCUUUAACUUCUGCUUCUGCUUCAGGACGACAGACUUCAUCUUUAACUUCUGCUUCAUGACGACAGACUUCAUCUUUAACUUCCGAUUCAUGACGACAGACUUCAUCUUUAACUUCUGCUUCAUGACGACAGACUUCAUCUUUAACUUCCGAUUCAUGACGACAGACUUCAUCUUUAACUUCUGCUUCAUGACAACAGACUUCAUCUUUAACUUCUGCUUCAUGACGACAGACUUCAUCUUUAACUUCUGA